CUGGCGAAUCAGGUUCAGUUGCCGCUGCAGACACAGUUACAAGCGUUAUUCCCGACACGUAUUGGAUACCGUUACAGGCUACCACAACUAUACUAUCCGUCAGCCGGUCUGAUGAAUCCACUGCUAGGAGCUGCACAAAGCCCUGGAGCAGUUGAUUAUACGGCUUUGGCAGCAGCUAUGGCUAAUGGACAAGGAGCGGGAGCGUAUGCGAUUCCACAAGCUGGAUCACGAUUUCAAGUUCAAGCCGCUCAAGCCGCUGGUUUGGAUCCAUAUGGAUAUGCAGCAGCUGCUGGUUACGGUAUCAUGCCAGGGACCUAUCAACUUCAAUCAGCGCAACUAGCUGCAGCUCAACAACAACUCGAACACCAACGAGUCUAA